GUGUGCGCCCAAGUGGACAGUUGUUACGCGAGCAGCAGGUGUUCGACACGAGUGAUUUAUACCACUCGUGGAGAAACACUGUUAAAUAUCUCACUCAUCUGAUAGCCGACAUCGAGGGAGGAAGGAAAAGCGGCUUGCCAUGAAACCAGUUUGAGACUGGACAUCAGUGUCGGCAGCUCACUCGGACAGUUUGGGAGUUUGGUGUCAGUGCAGGCAAAACCUACUUCGCCUUUUUCCUAUUGGAACGAGUGAGGUGGGGACAUUUACGCAGUGUCUCAUACGGAGCUUCAACAGAGGUGUGAUUUGCCCCUGUACUGAGCCUGAGCCUGGUCUGCAGCCCUCGGCCUGAGGCUGGAAGGGGAUGGGGACACUGGCCCUUUGCAGCCACUACUCACAGCUGUCAUGGAAACGCAGCGUCAUAGUGGCAAUGCUACUGUUUCACCUGUGCUGCCUGCAAGUAUGGGCAUCCUGUCGCAUCCUGAGGUGCAACUCUGACUUUGUAGCUGUCACCCUGGACCUUGGGGGCAGUGGAGGGGGCGGAGGAGGAGGCAGCAGAGAGGGCAAUGCGGGCUACUGCAGCGCCCUCCGCUCCUAUGCCAUGUGUACCCGCCGCAUGGCCCGUGCCUGCCGGGGCGACCUGGCCUACCACUCGGCCGUGCAGGGCAUCGAGGACCUUCUCAUCCAGCACAGCUGCCCCAGGACAGGACCCACCGCUCAGCCCCGGCCCCUGCCACAAGCCCCCAUCUCUGGGGACGCCUGUAUCUAUGAGAAGGGCUACCUCCAGCGUGAGGGCCGGACCCCUGACUAUCUCCACUGUGGAGUGUUCGGGGAUCCCCAUGUUCGCACCUUCCGUGAUGAGUUCCAAACGUGCACUGUACAAGGGGCCUGGCCACUGAUAGAUAAUGAGUAUCUAUACGUUCAGGCAACUAGCGCCCCCAUGAGAGGAGGGGUGUAUGCCACGGCUCUCAUCACGAUUACCAUCAUCUUUAAGAACUGGCGCCAGUGUAUCGAGCAGCAGAUCUACCAGGCGGAGCUGGACAACGUUCCCGCAGCCUUCGUGGACGGCUCAGUGACCAGCGGGGAGAGGCAGGGCCAGCACAGCCUGAGCGUCCACUCUGAUCUGCCUGGGCACCAGGCUGAGAUCCGUGCUGCCCACAUCGGCACCACCCUGGUGGUGCGUCAGAGUGGGCGGUCCCUGGGCCUGUCAGUACGCUCGCCAAGUGCCAUUGCUGAAGCAUUCACCCCCGAGCAGGACCUGCAGCUGUGUGUAUAUGGCUGCCCACCUUCACAGCGCCUAGAGACGCUACCCAGCCCCUCUUCUUCCUCCUCCCUUUCCUCCUCUUCCUCAAGCCAGCCCUCUGCUGCAGCCCAUGUCCACUGUGCAGCCCUCCUCCCUGCUAGGGACAUCUACUACCAGGCCUGCCUGUUUGACCUGCUGGCCACAGGGGACCUCAACUCCAGCACGGCGGCUGUGGCGGCCCUGGAAGACGCCCGGGGAAUGAUCUCAGACCCCAAUAAGGUGCAUCUGCUACUGGUGGGCAAUGCCGAUGGUAGUAGCCCAUGUCUGCCUCUGAUCCUGGCUGUGGCUGUCCUAUCAGAGCAUCUGUUGGCUCUGUGGACUGGGCAGUGUUUAUGAACUAGUGACUGGUAGGAGCUGUGGGCAUAGCAUUAGCCACACUGACUCUGACUGAGCAGAUGCUUUAAAAAAAAUCUUGAUGGCCUUGUUUCAUAAACAACAGGCAUCACCUUUGACUGGUUGGAACCCAGUGGCAUUGUGACUGGUUACAGAGGUCAAUGUUUCCCUGAUUCGUUUUCUUCCAGCAGGAGAAGAAUGUUGAUAGGAAUAAAUACAGGUGAAUGCUCUCAGUGAGGAUAGAAGUGAACUAUUGAAGCUUGACACUAGUUGUGUUGAUUCUAAUCCCUUAACUACGCUGAGACAAAUGUAUUAAAACAAUAUGUAUUAUCCAUCUCAGCACAGAGGAUGGCCUGUUGAAUAAUUCCACGAAUCCAGACAGUCAAUGGAAUCUUCAACUCUUUUUUUAUAUACUUACUGUUAUUUUCUGUUUAUUUUAUCAUGGAGGGAAUUUAGUGGUUUAUUUAUAGUAAAUAUAAUACUACAGUGGUAUCAUCCUCUGUAAAGAAACUAAUUUAUCACUAAUUUAUUAUGUCAUCUUUGUGUGUCUACAUUUGGUUUGCAGUGAGUUGUAAUAAUGUCUCGAUUUCAUAAGGGACUGUUUUUGAAUGUACGUUUGGUUCAUAUGUCAGUAUUUGUAAGACAAUGUUUACAAUGUAUUGUUCAUCCUGUUCAUAUUUUUACCUAGUGUAGUUGCCAAAGUAAAAAAUAUAUCUUCCCAAAGUUACUCAUACCAUCUUUCUAAAACAAUACAGAUCAAACAAGGAGUAAAUUAAAAUAAUAUAUUGUUUUCCAAAUGAAAAUAUCUCAAAUUGCCUUCCAUGUAAUAAUGUGAUCUCUGUCAAGGAAAAAAGAUAUUUAUACCUACAGAUUCUAAUAUAUUUCCCUUUGUGAGUUUUAUUAAAUUUGAUCGUUUUUUUCCCCCAAGACCAGAAAAUGGUCUGUAUAAUGUCCUGAGUGUGUAUUUUUAAUGAGCGACCUUAACUGGGAUUUUGUGAACCUUGAAAUGUCCAAUACAACUGCAGUAUUCCUCUGGAGGGGCUACUGAGGCAGCAUUUGGGUGAGUUGAGUUCUCCUUUGCUGUGACUGGUAGCUCUCUUCUACCAUCUGAUGUCAGAUGUCUUCUCUGGUGUACUGUCCAGCAUUCCUGUUGUUGCUUCUGUGAUAGCUGGAAUGAGUCCAUUCUAGACCCCUCUUAGCUUCUCCGAUGGAAUAGGUCAAUGUAGAAAGUGACAGGAGGGGGGGUUGUGGUGUCCGGGGCAGUGGUGUGGAUCAAAAAGGGGGGGAAAUUUUAUUGUUUUUUUAUUGAUUGUAUUGGUUUUGAUGUGAUUCAAUAAAAAAAUUUCACAACAAAAAAUAAAGUGAUAAGAGACAGCGAGGAACCACACCUUAAUACAGUAAACAAUAUUAGAAGAUGUAUACUUGGCAAUUAAGGACACUUUAUUUCAAUGAUCUUUCAGUAUUCUUCUGUACAAAACACAAAUCAAAUUUGUAAUGAGAAUCCUUCAUAUUACAUACUGUGAAUGACUAGAAGUGAAGUAAAUUGAAAUUAAGUUUGAACCUUACUCUCUUAUUGCUCUAUUCAUCAGAUCCACUUUAGCCGACAUCUGCAUAGAGGUUGUUUUGGCGGUGUCGGAGGUGAACUGCGUUAGAGCUGUCAAAUCCACAAGGGCUCCUGGCAUUAUACCUCCAUCGGACAUUGCUAUUGGCUGCACAGCGUCACAUUAAGAGAAAUCCCAUGUAGCCUUGUUUACAAGUUCGAACACUAGAAUGGAGAUGUAAUCUUCACCUCGAUUAGGCUGAUAGAAAUCCUCAUUAUUUAGAUUAAUGAUUUUCAAUUAGAGCAUCAUUAUUUCUAUAUAGCCUACACUUUCUUAUUCUGUCCUUCUAACGCCAGUGGGACGGUGUGGCUUCAUGACAGUGAUCAAGAGCAGCUGCUCACCGAUUUGACUGCUCUAAUGCAGCUACACCUCCGACACUGCCAAAACAUCAGCCAUUUUUCUACCCAAGCCUUUUUUCACUUUAGUGGAUAAGCUUAUAUCUUUUUGGGGGGAGCGGUGGGAGUCCAAGAAUACAUAAAGCAUUCCUCCAGAGAGAUAGAACACACAAGUCCUUCCUAACUUUAUGCAUUAUUGCUGGUCAUCGACUAUACAAAAUAUUGUUUACUGGCUUCGCACCCCAGAAACUGACUUGUGUCAAACAGAAGUCAACCCCUAUUUCUCUUCCUCUUUGUCAGCUUUAGUCACCUCCAAUCUUACUAUUUCAGCUUCGCGCUACACAUCCAAUCCAAUUGUUGUCAAUAUUCUUAAAAUGUGGCCUUAAUUCCGUCAACACUUUAAAUUCUGUGAAUUCUCUAAGUUCCUAUAUGUAAUAAUCACCUCUUCCUUUCAGCCAAACUGGAUUCAGCUUGAAGUCUGUGGCAGAGGAAUGGCCUUACUAAGUUUAAUGGCCUUUAUAUUGAUGGCACCUUUACAUUUGAUAGCGAGGUCAUCAACAUUGGCAAUCUACCCCAUUCAAGUGUAUUUAGGUAUUUCCAAAUGUAGGUAUUUUUGAGAUAAUCAUGUCCUUUGAUAACCCAUCACUUAAUAAAAUUAGAUCUGGGCGGGAAAAGGAACUUGGUUGAGAGACCUUGGACGAAGUCUGGAAUAGUGCCUUGCGUGGGGUAAAUGGAAGCUCCUCUUGUGUCCGGCUCAGCUUUAUACUUCACUGUAUCCAUUUCAGUAAGGCCAGGCUCUCCAAAUUCUACCCAAAUAUUGAUGGUACAUGUGACAGGUGUAAAAGCUCUUUGGCACACUUGACUCACAUAAUGUGGUUUUGUCCCUGUCUGGCAGACUACUGGUUCACUAUAUUUAAAACACUUUCUGAAGCAUUUGAUAUAGAGUGGCAGCCUAGUGCAGAAAUUGCUAUUUUUACCAAACAACAAUCCUUCCCUGACCAAUAGACUGCUAGAUGCCAUUGCCUUUGCCUCCCUGUUGGCACACAGAAGGAUUAUAUUGGAUUGGAAAUCUAUCAACCCUCCCUCAGCCUCUCUUUGGCCCAACUAAUUUUCCUAAAAUUAGACAAAAUUAAGUAAACCUUUCAAGGUUCAACCAACUAAUUUUAUUCCAGCUGGGACCUGAUGAUAUCCUAUUAGUAUUCUUGUCCCCACCUCCAGCCCUUAAGGUUACUGCUACAUAGGCCUAUAGCAUCACCUUCCUCCAGAUCAGUAUUCUUGUCCCCACCUCCAGCCCUUAAGGUUACUGCU